AGAUCCUCAAGUGCGCCCACUACAAGAAAACUCGUCGUGCACACAUCCACACUUAUAUGGCUCUAUAUGAACUUGUCCUGGAACAGUUCUUCACAGAGAAGCCCAACCUUAAAGCCAUUUGCGUAGAACCAGCAGAUAAGGUCCAGGAAGCUUGAGCAAAAUCAGCAGUUGACAGAAGCUCAAAUCCAGAAAGCGUGACAAGGACCAAUGACGAUCUACUACAACCCAUUCAACAGCUGAAAAUGUGAGAAGCGCAGAAAUCCUCAAAUGCAAUGUUCAACUUUUUGAUGAACUACAUCCACCGGAUUGAACCCAUCUUGCACUUUGAUGAGGCAUCCAGGAAUUCCGAUCUCGUUCUCCACCUUCAAGCUGGGGAGGCACUAAGCAAGUUAUUCUUCGCCAUGGAUCGAAUAAAAUACAAGCGCCUCUGGCCACGUUACAUCGCAGACAUGCAUGAGUUGAGGACAAGCCAUCCAGAAACCUGGCGUGAACUUCAAUACGGAAACUUAUCUGUGACCAAGAGUACGAUUCCAUUUGUCUCGAUUGGAGCAGAUCACGCAUGUGAACAACUCAACAGGAUGAUGAAGAUACAUUCUGGGUUAAUUGACAUUCCCAAUAAUGCCAACGCUCGUCAACGGUUCUUCUUGGCCACUCCUGAGAUGUCACGUCUUUCAGCUGAAUUCAAUGGCCAAUUCAAUCUUGCUGUAAACAAGCCACAAGAGCAUCAUCAUGUUCAACCAAGUGCUGUGAGGAAAGCGCAUGACAACGUUGAUCGCAUAAAGGCUGCCAUACUGAGUCACGGCAAUCCCUUUGCUGCUGAAGGUGACCAGCUCUACAACUUCAUCACACAUACAUAUGUCCCACAAGAGAGUGUCUCACAGAUCCUGAAUAUCGACGACACUGGGCAGAAGCUGUAUGUGGAUUACGUUGCAGAACGCAUGAAUGGAGAUGUCAGCCUCUGGGCACCAGUCAAGAAGCAGAACAACAGGCUGUACAUGUCAGGAAACAAGAAGCAAACGGUAAAGAUCCGUGACCAGUCAGUAGAUCUGAAAGAAACAAAAGAUCUGUACGGUCGGUUGAUGGUACUAGCCAGAUCAAGCCGUGACAUCGAUCAGAAGCAUGCGAUUGGGAACUACGAAUUCACUCUUACCACCAGAGCACUGUUUGCACCCGACGGUUCGAUCCUACCAUGUACUGACAAGUCAAAUCUUAUCCAUGCAUAGCCUUGACAACUUUGGUAAAACGACAGAAACUCAUGCUGAUGCACAAGCAGCAGAAGCAUCAGAACAGGCUAAUGAUAUUGCUAAUACAGGAACGCCAUCUACAUCACCA